AUGACUGAUCAUAUUGACACAGCUGAAAUCGAAGCCUUUCAGAAAAAUCCCAUCGAGCCGUGCCUCAAAGAAACCCCGACCGCGGCUCCACCGUUGAAACUUCCCCGAAGAACGCAAGGUCCGAAGACAUCACGAACCCCAAAUCACGAACCCGACCAAUCUUGGACGAAAUGGGCCGCCCCACGUCGACAAUUCAGCGCAGGCCCCCAGAUCGAAACCUCCUCCGUAUCACCAGGAACUAGAAGUCAAAACCUACUUAGAAGAUCGCAAGCUCCGAAGAGCCCAAGACAGUCCGAUCACAAACGCGAAGAAUUCUGGACGAAAGGGGCCGCCGCUGGGAUCAGCCUCUAUCGCCUUUUCCUACCGCCACAGCCAAAGAUCCGUCAGUUCUAUACGAGCCAACGUCGAUAUCUUAGCACAUUCCCCCAAUUAAAACCCUUCCGUAUUACCAAGUUGCAACCCGCGCAAGCAUACUCGCCACUUACUCAUUCGUAUGCAUCGUUCACUUCAGACCCGUUCACCCCCGAGACACAGAUUGUAGCUUCAUCCAUCCACCGCCCUGCUCAUCUGUCCCUUAAUCUUGAGGGAUCUCGUGUAUGUGCUUCAGAACCCCCACUCAUCCAUGGACACAUCCGCCUACCUCCUUGCCACACAACAAGAGUCGCGGUGCCUAUCGUAUAUCCCUCACAAACGCCAAGUGAACAAGUCCAAGGUCGUCGGAAGCCACAGUUUUGCCUCAAAGCGUCAUAUCGCGAUUCAUGUGUCGCGGCCCUGUUCAAAUGGCAGUUUGAGAUACACGACAACGCUGGUAUGCACUCGCCUCUCCCGGCUCCAUGCUGCUUCGUGGGCACCGGGCAAUCCCACCACAGCAUUCCGAGCCUCGUACGUGGCUGA